UUACUUUCUGAGCCCUGGACUUUCCACCUCUGCGCGAUACCUCCGCGGUGGAUCCGCCACGGAGUCCUUUUGCUGUGUGGGCGGUUUAUUAGUUUCAGUUGACGGUCGACAGCAAGAUUUAUUGCCUGCAGUCAUUUACAAACAUAUUAUGAGCAGUGUUUUAUAACAGUAGAUAAUUGAAAGUUAAAUAAAAUACGAUUUUACAGUAUACUUUAUAGUAGAGUUUGUUUUCAGGUUUUGACCCAGCCAGCCAGCAGCCGUCAUUUCACUGUCUCGGUAAACUAGACCCGAAAUAGUCCGAGUAACCCACUUCUUGCCAAAAUAACUUGAGAGAUGUAUGAUAUUUCAUCAUGUAAUCAAAGUUAACAGUGAUUACAAUGUGUUUGGUUUCAUUUCUAUGGUGAGACGACCAUUAAUUUUUCCUUGUAUGAGCCUAGACGUCAGGGCUGUGUUUGGACGGCUAAAACACGUCUUUUAAACGCAAAAUUGCUAGCUGGGGACUAAGUUUUAGGUCUAUCCACCAUCAGUCGUUUUAUAUUUUCAUUGCUUGUGUUCUUCAGAGAAACACUUCCUCCAUUACAAGUUUACAGCGCUGACUAAAGCAGUAGAGUUGUGACGUUCGCGAACGAACCGAUUCUUUUGAACGGCUCAUAAACAUGAACGAUGGGAGCCGAGUCGCGGCUGGAGGGGAGCCGUUCUUUCUGUCGUUCUUUUUUCCUAUGCGCGUUUCACACAGAUGCACACAAAUGAGCUCCUCCGCGAGACAGAACAGUUAUAGGGGGAGGGGCGCACCCAGCGCAGGCCAACCCUUUAUUGCGUGAUGAUAUUAGUUAUUAGUUGUGCACGCAUCCUUCACGUGAGUACUCCAGUGGAAAAAAAUUUAUCUACUUUAAAUAUUUUUUGUUUUCUAUCAAAAUGUUCUUGUGUGAUAACAAUGUUCUUGUGUGGAAGUGUUUGUAGUAAAAGCUGUUUUGCACAGAAAUUCAUUGCAGCCGGCUUUGUUUUUGAUGUUUAUUUGUGAGUAGGUAUUGUAUGAAUAACAUAAGUCAACGUAGCUUUACACACACACACACACACACACACACACACACACGUUGUACUAAAGGUAAAUCCAAAAUAGUGAUGUCACUGUCUAAGCAGAGGGAUUUGUGCAACCCUAUGGAAUAUAGUCCACACAUGACAAAUGAGGUAAUAAUAUUUCAGAAUAAUUCAAACUCAGAUAUUGGUGUGUGAUAUCCGAGUUUUAAUUAUUUGACUACAAAUCUCACCUCAUCAUUCCUCCCAGUGAUUAUUUCCAGGAUAAACUGAGAUGCCCCCAAGCUGGCUUCUUAAAACUGACUAAAUAUUUAAAAAGAGCCAAAAGAGCCGUUCUUUUAACCGGCUCUUUGAAAGGAACGGAUCGCGAAGAUCCGGAUCCCCUCAAAGAGCCAUAAAUCCCAUCACUAUAAAGCAGACACAUUCCCAGAGUUCAGUGCUGAGGGGUGUGGCUGAUGGCAGAAACAUUGUUCACUACAAUAAUAAAGAGAGACUCUGGGUAAGAGAGAGUCUGACUGUGGGUGACUGGACCAAAUCUCCUGCAAACCCACCUGAUUCUAGAGACUGGUUCAUUCAUCAACUAAAGAUGCUGUCUGACUGCACAAACUCACAGUGUUCUGAGCUUCAUGUUCUUCAGAGAAAAGUUGGCUGUGAACUGGAGAAACUUCCUGAUGGAACAGUGAAUCUGACUGUCUUUGAUGAAUAUGGAUUUGAUGGAGAGGAUUUUAUAUCCUUUAAUUCUGACACUAUGAAGUGGAUUGAUAAAAACCCCAAAGCCAAAGAACCUAAAGAGAAAUGGGAUCAUCAAACAGAACGAAACCAGUUCAUCAAACAUUACCUCAAGAAUUGUUUGCAAUGGAUCUCAACAUUUAACAACACAAAAAAGUCUUCUCCAGAUGUUCGUGUCUUUGCAAGGAAAGUUCAUAAUGAUGACAGUAAGCUAAAUCUGACGUGUCUGGCCACUGGUUUCUACCCCAGAGAUGUUCAGAUGAACAUUAGAUUGAACAAAACUAAACUUAAGCGUCAAACAUCUUCUGGAAUCAGAGCAAAUAAUGAUGAAACCUUUCAGAUGAGAAUCAGUGUGAAGAUCAACAGAAACCAUGAAGGAUCUUAUGACUGUCUGGUCAAUCACAGCAGUCUGAAACGAUCAGCUUCAAUAAAGUGGGACGGAAAAUGUAUUGACUGUAAAAUGUCUCGUUGGCAUAUUAUAACAGGAGUAUCUGCAAUUGUAGUUCUGAUUCUGAUAUUAUUUUGUUUGUUUUUCAAUUUGAGCUACAAAUUGAACAGAAGUUAUGAACAGAACAGUGAUGAUAAUGAUAAUGAUGAUGAUUCAGAAGGUCAAACUGCAGACAGGAGCAUCGGAUGCAUAGAAGCAGUGAAACUGAGGAAGAGGAGAAAUCGCAGAAGGAGGAUCCAGAAUCACUAAGUACCAGCUCCACAGGAUCGGUGCCAGGACCCAUGAAGUGGGCGGGCAUUUCGUUUUUUCAUGAGAAAAUUGUGAUCCGAAGUGGGGGGGCUAAGGACUGAGGUAACCAGGCAUGGCCCCAUUGUGGGGCUGACUCUGCACCCUAGAAUAUUUUUUUAUUUUAUUUACCAUUUCUAUGUACUGUAUCAAAUGUUUUUCCUCUAAAUAAGGAUAACAAAUGGAUUGACAAAAAAUUAGAUGAUAUUAAAAAUCUCUAUAUGGCAGUAUAUACUGCGAUUCUUCCCCAUGGUAUCAAAAAUGGGAAUGAAUAUUGAUUUUUUUUUCAAAGUAUCGUAUCGAAGUUAGAGAUUCCAGUAUUGUGACAACACUAAUGUAGAGUGCCACAAAUGUUUGAACAUUUUCAAAGUGUGCUGUGAAAAUAUACAAACAAAUAAGUUUGAUUUGCAAUAUUUGAACUGUGGUGAAGGGCAUUGGAAAUGCAUAAACUUACAGUAACGGAUGUUGUGGUGAUGGUGGUAAUGGAGGAGUUACUUUUGUUUCUAGAUGGUUAUGCACAAAGUUCAUAUUGCUUUAGAUAAAAGCUUUAUCCUUUGGUGCUACUCAGAUGGGAGUUACACUUGUACUGUGGGCAUCCAAAUGGUGAACGGUCUCUUUGCAGGCUUUUGGACAACAUGUGCACUAUAAUAAAUGAAUGUGUCUAGUGUGUAUUUAUGUAUUGGACAUCUUCACUGAUAUAAGACAUUUAUUUCCGUUCAUAUGAAUACAAAUUAAUGUUUAUAAAUGAAUAGAAAAAAAGAGAACAAAAACAGUAUAUACAGUAUUUAUUAAUCCAUUGUAGUUUAAAGCAGGGCUGCUGAGUUUUACCUGUAACUUUAGUAAUCCUGAAGACCUUGAUUAGCAGUCCUGCGUUAACGCUAUUUUGGGGUGAAAGCGGGUCGUCAGUCCACUAGUUUCUAUGGAAAUA